AUGGCUCUUUUACAUCAUUAUGCAGAGACGAACAACUUAGUUUUGGGGGGACUUCUGUUGAAAGGUGGAGCGGAUGUUAAUGUAAAAACAAAAGAUGAUUGGCCAGGAAAAACUCCUUUACAUAUAAGCGUUGAAAGAGUUCAUGCAGAUUUCGUUAACCUUCUUGUGAAAUGGAAAGCUAAUGUAAAUGAACAGGAUGAUAUUUAUCAUAAAACAGCUUUACGUGUUGCUGCUGAAAAUGGGAAAAAAGCUAUAAUUGAUAUAUUGUUGGCCGCAGACGCUGAUGUUAAUCUGGCUGAUUAUGAAGAUAUUCUUGACACAACUGACGUAAAUGGUCAAACAGCUUUACACUACAGUGUUCAGAAACACAAUAGCGUCUUGACAGAAACUCUUCUGAAAGCAAAUGCUUCGGCAAAUAUUAAAGACAAAGAUGGUAGAACGGCUUUACAUUAUGCGGCAAUGUUUCGAUUUAAAAAAACAGUGCAAACACUUCUGAAAUAUACAGAUGAUCUUGACAUUGGAGAUAACUUCAACCAAACAGCUUUACACUACAGCUCUAAGAUUGGUGACCCGGAAAUCAUGAAGAUGUUACUGGAAGCCGGAGCUGGUGUUGACGUCAAGGAUCAGUACGGUAAAGCCCCAUUGCGCUACAUCAAUGGGUGGAUUGAUCCUUCCGUCGUCGAAGUACUAGUACAAUAUGGCGCGAGCCUUGACAUUGUUGACACUUCCGGUCAGACAGCCUUGGAUGUGGCCACUCUAGGAUGUCACUAUCGUGUCGUUAAAUUUCUAAAACAACACGGCGCUAAAUCUGCAAAAGAAAACCAAGAAAAAACAAACACUGAGUUGGACUGUUCAACACCAGUUUAUACAACCCUUAGUACGGAUACUGCAUCAACUACUAAUGCAACAUCAGCAGUUUGUACCACAAGAGAUGAUACUACCACAAGUUUUGAUACUGAAUCCGCUACACCUACAACACCUAUAGUGUACACCAGGAUUACACCACAUGCUAGUACCAACAUUACACAGCUUAUUACCAGCUCUACAUCUAGACCAACAAAAUCCACAAAAUCUACUCAUCUUAAAAAAUCACGAAAGUCGACAAAUACAAUUUGUAAAAGAUAUAGAACACAGACAAAACUUGAAACGAUUGGAGAGGAUCGUCUGAAAUGCUUUGAAAAACACGAGAUGUUGAACGUCCAAUACAGUGGUCAAACGAAUUUAAUCGGACUAGGUCAACAUCAUGAGACGAUCAAACAAGAAACUAGCAGACAAUGUAUCGCCAAAAACAGAAAGAAACGAAAAAGAAAAAACGUAACUGUGAAUCUAAAUUACACCUCAAAUACCAUUCGAGACUGCAACGAGGUAAAUAUAGAGAACGUGAAGUACUUAACCAUAGACGGCAAAUUUGGUGGUCAAGAUGGGUAA